AUGGCGGCCGGAAGCGGAUGCACCAACGCCACCAUCAUGGUGGCCGCCACGCCGUCCAUGGGGAUGAGCUACAAAACACGCAUGCCGUGGCCCAGACUGAAGCGCGAAACGGCCUACUUCGAGUCCACGACGACGAGACGCGUCACCCCCGAAACGAUGAACGCCGUGAUAAUGGGCUACAAGACGUGGGACAAGACGCCUACAAAGAGAUACCCCGGCCGCAUCAACGUGGUCGUCACGGGAGAUCCCGACAAGAUCCCACCCCGCCUGCAGGGUGAUUCGAGGAGAGAGCCGCUCCACGUGGCGACGAGUCUCGAGGGCGCCAUGAACCUCUUGUCAGAGACUUACACGGGGGGGCCGAGUCCGGGCCCGCCAGAAAGCUCACUUGACCCGUUGGACGGCGAAAGUGGUGUUCCCGUCCUGGGCCGCGUCUUCAUCAUCGGUGGCGCCGGCCUGUGCCGGGAGGCGUUGCGGAUGCCGUGGGUGGAUCGUCUGCUGCUUACCCGUGUCGCGGACGACUUUGACGCAGACACUUUCUUCCCUUUGCAUAUCGACGGCGGCGGCAACGCUGAAUGGGCGCGACAAAGCGAUCAGGGAUUUCGAGACUGGGUAGGGCCCCAUGCCCCGGAGGGCAUCCAGACCGAGGACGGGAUUGGAUGGGAGGCGUACAUGUUUACGCGGAACAAUGGGCACUAG